AUGAUGGUUGAUCUGCACUCUUUGCCGGUCGGUUCGAGGCCGGUUCACGCUAUUCGAAAUAACGGCUCAGACAGCCUGGCCCUGGAAAGAUACAAGCUCAGGGAACUGGCCGAAGGUUGGCCGAUGUACCGCGAUGCGUGCGAAUGGGAGAAUCUAACCGAGAUCUUCCAUCCUGACGCAUUCAUCUACACCACCUGGACUGGUCGGACGCAUCAUUUGGACUUCAUAUCAGCUUCCAAGAAGGGAAUGGAUUCCGGGGCGUUUAUUAUGCAUCGGUGCCACGGCAUUAGCACAGACAUUGACCCAAGCGCCAGCAGGGCAGUCACAAAGAUGAAAGCGACCAUCACCCAGCGGUUCGACCUGGACGGCAUUGAAGCCGACGCGGAGAGUGAUUGUCGGUUUUGCUUCUUUUGGCUAAAGGUCGAGAAUGAGUGGAAGGCGAAGUUUGCUUCUGAACUCCCGGCAUACAUCCUUGCGACGCUCACCUCGGUGGGCGGCGUGACGGGCUACGUGCGCACAGGCAGCGUCCCCAGCAUCGCGGCGGGCCUCACUGUUGGAAUCCUGUAUGGUCUCGGCGGCUACCGCAUUUCCAAGAAACAGCCCUACGGCGUCGAACUCGCGCUCCUGGCUUCCGUAUUGCUCGCGGGCAGCAGUAUCCCGCGCGCCAUCAAGACGGGGAAACCACUCCCAGCGGGGCUGGGCGUGUUGGCCGCAACAGGGCUGGUGAUUUAUGGGAGGGCGUUUCUUGCCAAAUGA